ACGUGCAGCCGCGUCAGAGUAAAUUACUUCGAAGCAUUAUCUUAAAAAAUGGACCAUAACUGCGUAUAUUCGAGCUGAGACAUGACGACAUGAAUAGAAAUACUAAUUACUGCAAUUGCAGGUAGAACAGACAAAAUAGGUACACAAGAAGCGUUAAAACUGGUUGUAAAAUUACCUAUUUUUCUGUCAUAACGUAUUUGUUACGUAAGUACAUGUAAUUAGUACAUUUUGUAUAUUUUAUUAGUUGCAUAGUCUUGUUGCAUUAAAUAGACCAUAAGUGGGAAAGAACACUAUAAGAAGAUCUCGCUUGCAAUGUGUGGCUUAUUUCCCGUUUUGAAUAUUGCUCCGCUAACAUAGUAGGCAGUUUUGAUAUUUAUAUCCAAUUAGCAACGUUUUAAUUUAUAAAAUACGGUGCCGAAAUCGUUUAUAUUAAAUAUUCCAUUGUGAUAUACGUUUGAAAUGACACGAUUUACUUUCGACGAAAUAAAAAUCUUUGACGAUACAAUGAAUGAUAGAGAUAUCAUAAGCACUACAACUAGCGCAGAAUACGAGGAAACAGCUUUCUAUAUCGUGGACAUUGGUAACAUCAUAAAGAAACAUCAGGAAUGGACCACCAAGUUACCUAGAGUUAUCCCGUACUUCGCAAUUAAAGUUAAUCCGGAUCCAACGGUAAUUAAAGUUCUAGCAGCUUUAAAUGCCUGUUUCGACUGCGCAUCCAAACAAGAAAUAAAGCAAGUGAUGCAGCACGGAGUGCAGGGCGACCGGAUUAUUUUCGCACACCCUACUAAGUAUUCAUCUCACAUAGAAUAUGCAAGGAAAAUGGAUGUCAAGCAAAUGACGGUCGAUAGCGAAAGCGAGUUGUACAAAAUCAAGGAUAUAUUCCCUGAAGCUAAUAUCGUCAUACGUGUGCGCUGCGACGCGAGAAAGACAGCGGUAAAUCUGGGAUUAAAAUUCGGUUCCGAACCGAACGAGGAAACCGUGCGUUUGAUUCAGCUCACGAAAGACCUAGGUUUGAAUUUACACGGCUUUAGCUUCCACGUCGGUAGUCCAUGCGAGGAGCUCGAGGCUUACGCCAGAGGGAUCGCAUUGUGCAAACAAUUAGUUACCAUCUCCAAGACACUCGGGUGCGACAAGGUGCAGUUGAUCGACAUCGGCGGUGGAUUUCCGGGCGAGAGUGGAACGGACGUUGACACGUUUGCCAGUAUUAUCAAUAAGGCGAUAAAGGGUAUCGAUCCUAGCAUAAAGAUUAUCAGCGAACCGGGAAGCUACUACGUAACUUCCAGCUUCACUUUAGUCUCGUAUUUGCAUUCCAAGCGAAUCAUUCCGAAGGACGGAGCAAUGAUGAGAAUGUAUUACAUGAAUUGUGGAGUGUAUCAUUCCUUCAUAGACGACCUGUUGGGCGUGAAGGCUAGGAUCCCACAAUUACUUUCCGAGCCUGCGAGUGAGGAGAAAUUCCUUUCAAGUGUAUGGGGACCGACGGCCGACUCGUUUGAUGUAAUUGCCCAGAAUGUGAUGUUGCCUGAGCUUGAUAUAGGCGAUUGGUUAAUUUGGAGAGAUAUGGGUGCUUAUACAAUAGCUCUAGCCUGUCCAUUCAAUGGAUACCCGAUUCCAAUUGUGAUUCCUGUCAUCAGAAGGAGCCAAUGGGAAAGCUUUAAAGCGCAAAUUAACUCGAUGUAAAAGCUUUUAUUUUCACAAGUCGAACGAACAAUAUAACUCGAUGAAAAUAAUUGAAGGAAUAAAUUCUUAAUAAAAUUUAAACUGUUCCACACAUAGAGUUAACGAGCAUAUUAUAGAUUUAAUUCUAUAUUCUUCAAACAAGUAAGUUGUAAUCCAUAAUGGACGGCUAUCUUUGUGAGAAAAAGUUUUCAGUUCAAUUCUGAAAAUUGGACACUGAUGUAUGACUAAUUAGCAGGUAUGUUAUCUGUAAUGUUUUAGUAUGAAUUAGGCAUUAUUACUAGCCAAAGUGUAGAAAUAUAGAAUGAAAUAAACAAUUGUAUUAA